UAAAGACUGGAUAAUUUUAAACCAAAUACUUUGAUUGUUUUUUUUUUUGUUUGUUUUGUUUUGUUUUCUGCUGAUUCUUAAAAACUUGGAAAAUGAUUACAAUAAGAAAACGAUUUUCAGUUUUAAAGAAUCUGGAACAAAAAAAAUAAAGAAAUCUCGGAUGCUCCUAUCGUCAAGUGACCAACACUGAACUUUGCCUUUUGGGGACAUUUAUUGUUUCUUCAAAGAACCAAAUAUGCCUUUCAGCUAUAUCUCUCUUCACUACAACUACACAGGGAAGCUUGACCUACGAGAGACGAGAACGGAUGGCAUGGACUCAGCUGCUGUGGCCUUUUUAAUCAUAUGUAGUUUGAUUGUGUUGGAGAAUUUGUUGGUGUUAGUUUCCAUAUGGAAAAACCACAAAUUCCACUACCGAAUGUACUUCUUCAUUGGCAAUCUAGCACUUUGUGAUUUAUUGGCAGGAGUAGCUUACUUAGUAAACAUCCUUAUGUCAGGAAAAAAGACACUGAGCCUGUCUCGGACUGUUUGGUUUGUAAGGGAAGGCAGCAUGUUUGUAGCACUGGGGGCUUCCACAUUCAGUUUACUGGCUAUUGCCAUAGAAAGACACAUGACCAUGGUUAAAAUGAGGCCAUAUGAUGCAAACAGGAAAUACAGAGUUUUUCUCCUGAUUGGGACCUGUUGGCUUAUUGCUGUCUUAUUGGGAGCAUUGCCCAUCCUAGGGUGGAACUGCAUUGAUAACCUUCCUGUUUGCUCCACUGUGUUACCCCUUUACUCCAAGUCUUAUGUUGCUUUCUGCAUCAUCGUUUUCAUUGCCAUCUUGCUGGCUGUUGUUAUUCUGUAUGCCCGCAUCUAUGUGCUUGUGAAGUCCAGCAGUCGAAAGGUGACCAAUCAUAACAAUUCAGAGAGGUCAGUGGCCUUGCUUCGAACCGUAGUUAUUGUCGUUGGGGUCUUCAUUGCAUGCUGGUCCCCAAUAUUUAUUCUGCUUCUCAUAGAUGUGGCUUGCGAGAACAAAAAAUGUGACAUAUUGUACAAGGCUAACUGGUUUAUUGCCCUGGCUGUUUUAAAUUCUGCCAUGAACCCUCUGAUCUACACACUUGCUAGCAAGGAGAUGCGCCAGGCUUUCUUCCACCUUGUGUGUGGCUGUCUCUUUAAGACCAAAGCAGCAAAUAGCCUUCAAAUACAGCCAACGCCGGAUAACAGCCGAAGCAAGUCCAGCAGCUGCCAUUCCCAGAAACAAAAAGAAGGAGAUUUUCCACAAAUCACUGUAAUGCCGAAUGCUAUUACAAAACCCGAACCUUCACAUAAUAGUGAAGGGUGCUGACAGCCACAGACACACUUUUAAUUGUGUGCACUUAUAUCUGAACAAGAACGUGCUUCUCCACGCUAUUUAUUGCCUAAAGACAAAUACAAUAGCAGCACAAAAUUUCCAAGUUUUGAGGUUUACUAAAGGACUUUUUUUAACACUCUUAAUGUUAAAAGACUUUCUUCAGUUAGAUUUAAAAAAAAAAAAAAAAACCUUUAAAACGUUAUGUUAUGAAAUGACAGGUCAUAAGUACACCUGAGGGUACAUAGUUAAAGUGUAAAUGACAUGCUGUUAAAAUACAUAGUACUGUAUAAGAAAAUUAUUAGUCAUAGAUGUAGGUAGAUGUAAGCAAAUUAUUAUUUAUGUUAAUUUUGCUUUUUUACUAUUAUGUACUAUACUAUACAGGAAAAUAUGUAUCUUAAUGAAUAGUGUACUGAUUAAAUAUAGACAAACAGUUGAAGGAAAAGUAUUUACUGGUGUGCUUUAUAAAGAUAUAAUGCUUAUGGUAUAUAUUAAAAUCUGUUAACUGUUUUUGAAAUGCAGAAUUAACUCCAUCUGGUGGAUAAAAUGUGUUUCUGGAAUUAAAGUGCAUUUAUUGUCAGUUUCAAUAAAUCAGGGAGCUCAAAUAUGUAAAAUACCAUUUUAAGUUAUAUGGUAUUCAAGAACACCAAUCAGUGGUAAAAUUCCUGGCUUUGGCCACUAAGCUGGUUAUACGUAUGUGAAUGUUAUUGGAUUGUUUUUAAGUAAUAUUGUAUUUAAAGUGAAGUAUUUGAAUUGAACACAUACAGCACAUGCAUGAGCCUUUGAUGAUGAAAAGGGAGACAAGCCAAGAUUUAAUGCUCUGUUGAAUUGAUCUAAAUUGCAGUGGUUUAAAUACCUGAAAAUUUAAAUAUAGCCGUUUUAUGGUUAGUAACCGUGAUUUGGGUCGCCUGUGUAUUUAUGCCAGCAUUUAGAUAAAUUAAAUAGACCCCUUAAUGUUUGUUGUCAGUAAAUGUGUAUUAUUAUUGACACGCUACAUGUAAUAUAUAGUGUACAUAAAAGAUAUGUAAUAAGGUCAUUUAAAAUGGAAAUGGUCAGUAUUUUCUUUUCUAUUAAAAAAAAAAUGCCUGUGAACGAUUAAUAAUGUCAGUGGUGCUUGUUUUAUAAGAAAUGUACAUUUAUUUCUAAUUUGUUAAAAUCCUUCUGAGUGACACAUUGCAAUUCUAAAAUGAUUUUUUUUUUUUUUUUU